AUGCCUAUAAGAGGGAUCGUAAAACAGAAAUACCAAGAAUCGCAAGACGAGGAGGGCGGUGCAGAAUUGGCGUGGGUUGAUACCAAGAAUAUGCUUCUACAGUUGACAGAAGAAGGGACGACGACGAUAUGCAUUGACGCGAUCGAUGAGUGUGCUGCAGAUCGACGGACUGAAUUCCUAGAUCUGAUUAAGAGUCUGUUGAACGAUGUCAAGGGCACUGUGAAGAUUCUUCUAUCUAGUCGACCUUCCUCGGACCUUUCUGCCCGCCUCAGCUUGCUUGGAUGUUCUUCGAUUGAUGCGGGCCAUAAUCAGGGCGACAUUGAGAGGUUUGCGCAGGUGAAAGCAACCGAGUGCAUUGAAGGGAUGACAUUGCGUGGAAUCCCGGUGUCGGAGAGCUUGAAGGAGGAAGUAGCCAAGGUACUCCUGGCCAGUGCGCAAGGAAUGUUCCUCUGGAUCAAACUGCAAUCUGGUCUAUUAAGUGAUCCCAACCAAGCACUAUUCGAGGAAGAUAUUCUGCAAAAUCCCAAAAGGCUGCCAGAGGGGCUCUCACAGCUCUAUGCAACAAUCUACCGCAAAAUUGAACACAGUGGACAGAGGGCGCAGGAAAUAGCUAUCACACUAUUUAGAUGGCUUCUGUGUGCUAAGGCGUCUAUCACCAAGAAUGAUCUAAUCAGUGCGAUAUCAUUCCAAGUCACCGGUAAGCGGGAUAGUCUCACAGAGCACAUGAUACUCGACAGCUGCAGCAACCUAGUGAUGCCUGACGAAGAUUUGAAUACCUUUCGAUUUAUCCACACCUCGGUUAGGGACUUCUUUGAAGACCAGCCCGGUUUCCAUUCACACGAAAGACAUGCUACUGCGGCUGAGAUGUGCCUGAAGGUUAUAUAUGGUGGGGUUCCGGCUCUCGGAGGAUCAUCUUUGGCGCAAAGCUCACUUCAGUGCUACGUGAUUCUGUACUGGGCAUUCCAUAUUGAGCAGGUAGAUCAACAACAACACACCGACAAGAUCAAAGAUGCGUUGAAUGACCUGUGUAUCAGAGAUGGACACUUCCAGCCCUGGUUCAAACAGUGGCUUCCACAGAUUGAGCCCGUAUCACGGAUCUUGCACUGGAACGACCCAUUCAAAGAUAAGGUUUUGCAGGCGCUUAGCUCACCAGAUACCUCUUUCUUCGCCGCCUGUGCAUUCGGAUUCAAUGACCUUGUCCAACGUCUUAGCCGAGCAAAACCCGAGCUCGUGAGAAUGAAAAACGCAAUGGGAGCAACAGGACUCCACUUGGCCUGCGAAUACGGACAUUCAAAAAUUGCAGAGGCGCUGUUAAUGCACGGGGCGGAUGUCAACGCCAAAGACCAAUAUGGAGAGACCCCUUUAGCCCGUGCCUCCAUUAACGGCCAUAUUGAUCUGGUACGCCUUCUUAUCGCCCACGGUGCUAAUGCGAAAAUCCAAGGUCGACGCUUUGGGACACCUCUGCAGGGAGCAGCAUUGCAUGGCCACGUCGAAGUCAUUGUAACACUUUUGCAAGAAGGUGUAGACUUGGAAGCAGAAGGUGGGCAAUUCGGAACAGCCCUUCAAGCUGCGUCGCUCAGGGGCCAUAUCAGGGCAGUUAAAUACCUGCUUGCUGCCGGUGCUGAUGUCAACACACCUGGUGGCGAGUAUGAGACAAUAUAUAAGGCUGCCCCGAGUAAAGACUACGCGCAUGGUGUCAGCAAGGCUGUAGAACUCGUUCUUCGGGAACAAGGGGAAACUGAUUCUGAGCACGACAUCUCGCGCGAAGCCAAAAAUGAGAUGACCGUGGAAUUGCUCCUGAAGCAAAAUCUUGAUAUGAACCUCAAAGAGACAGGGUUUGGUCCUGCAAUUCAGGCAGCAUCCCGUGCAGGUCAUGAGGAAGUUGUUGCCACUCUUUUGGAGGUCGAGGGGGUAGAUGUGAAUGUCGAAGGUGGCCGAUACGGAAGCGCCUUACAGGCUGCGGCAACCUGUGGAAACGAGAAAAUUGUGCUACGCCUGUUGGAAGCCAAUGCAGAUAUCAAUGCCCAGAACGGGACAUAUGGAACAGCGCUGAUAGCGGCAUGCCGUCGGUCACACUGCAAAGUGGCUGAGCUGUUACUCCAAAAAGGAGCAGCAGUCAAUGUCCAAGCAGGUGUCUAUGGCACAGCUCUUCAGGCAGCUGCACGCUCCGGCAAUGUUCAUCUUGUGCAGUUACUGUUGAACCACAAGGCUAAUGUGAAUUUAACGGCAGGUGAAUAUUGCACAGCUUUACAAGCUGCGGCGCGGGACGACUUUGAGCAUAUAAUCAUACUAUUACUGCAGCACGGUGCAGAUGUCAACAUAAUUGGCGGACGCUUCGGAUCAGCACUUCAGGCAGCUGCUACAGGUGGCAGUAUCAGAUCAGCGCAGCUGUUAGUGGAGAAUGGGGCUCAUCUUGGAGACGCCUUCAUGAUCGCAUGCUUGGGAGGUUACCAGGAUAUUGUCCAGUUUCUUCUCCGGCGCGGUGCCGAUAUCAAUGCCAGAUCGGGUACCUUUGGCACUGCACUCCAAGCUGCAGCUGCAGGUAGACAUCGGUCUCUUGUGCGAUUUUUGCUAGAUCAAGGAGCCAAUGCCAGCCGCAUUGAAGGGCAGCUUUUCGGAACUCCACUUAAUCUUGCCGCGGCGACUGGCGACAAGGAGCUUAUGCAGAUUCUUCUUCAAAAGGGCGCCGACCCGACAAGGAGAGGAAGCAAUCGUGCCAUUGAUGUUUCCCGUUGCCUCUUUCAAGAUAACGAGGAACAAAUGGUAUACCCUGGACAAUCCCUUCCAUUAUCUCCUCUAAGAUGUGCCGCAAAUGCGGGAGAUCGGGACAUGGUCAAAAUGUUGCUGCACGCAAUGAGGCGCUCUAAGUCUGCAGCAAAGUUUGAGCGAGCGAGAGCACUAGAAAUUGCGUCACAGUCCGGAUACCUAGAUAUCAUCCAUCUAUUAAUAGAUGAGGGUGUCGACUCGAGGGAAAUGACAGAUGCGCUGCGCGCUGCCAUCCAUUGUGAUCAGAAGGAUACCGUUCAAUAUUUAUUAAACAAAGGCGCACAGGUUGAGUCCAGAGAAUUAAGGCUUGCAUGCUGGCGUGGCUACAAAGAUCUGGUGAUGUCGUUUCGAGGAGGAUAUAAACCCAUCACCCCAGCUGAUGGACGAGUAUAUCUUCUAUUUGUGGCAUCAUUUCACGGCCACGUUGAUAUUGUGCGGAAUCUCUUGGAUGCCGGAGAAGAUAUCAACCAAGUGACUCUCAAAUACGAAGCUCCCUUGAGCACCAGCUCUUAUGAUGGUACAGCUCUCCAUGCCGCCCUUAUUGGUAACCACCGCCAGAUCUUCAACAUGCUUCUUGAAAAGAAAGCCGAUGUGAACAUAACUAAUGGUCAACACGGAACCGUGCUUCAAUUAGCCUCAUCUAGUCAAAAUAAGGACAUGGUUCAGUUGCUUCUUAGGCAUCGUGCCGACGUGAAUAUCAUGGCUGGUGAGUAUGGAACUGCAUUACAAGCUGCAGCGUAUGCCGGUACUGAGGAAUCUGUGCGCUUGUUGCUUCAGAAGGGCGCACAUGUCAAUCUCGAAGGUGGUCAGUACGGAACCGCCUUACAAGCUGCAGCCUUCAAAGGACAUGAAGGAGUGGUUCGACAACUGAUUGAGGCUGGGGCUGACGUGCGAAUACAAGGGGGCGAGCCCGAGGGCUGGGAACAUUCCAAAGCUCGGUCAUGGUGGAAUGAUCGCAUGCAAGAUACUUUGAGCGCCAUUAAACAAAUAGGACCACAGCGCCGCCAAAGUGGCAAGUUUGGAACCGCUCUUCAAGCGGCAGCUAUCUCUGGGAAUGUUGAGAUUGUGAGAAUGUUGGUAGACAAUGGGGCGGAUAUCAGGGACAUUGACCGAUACGGCCAGACACCCCUUCACCGCGCAGCAUAUCAUGGACAUGAAGCAGUUGUUGCACUCCUCUUAGAUAGGGGUGCUAUUCCUGACCAUCAGGACUCAAAUGGAUACAGCUCGACAUUAUUUGCAGCUAGCUUCGGCUUCAAGGCAGUUCUUACGCGAUUGUUUACAGCCGGGGCAGAACUCGACCUGCAAGACCAGAGUGGCAAUACUGUUUUGCAUCAUGCCGCCAUGAAAGGCCAUCUUACCAUUGUUGAGCAGUUAAUAACGCAUGGCUAUGAUCUAGAGCAAAAGAACAGUGCCGGGAAAACAGCGUUGCAUGUUGCAGUGGAGGCUGGAAAGUGCUCAAUGAUUCGCUUCCUCUUGGACCAUGGGAGCAACAUUGCUUGCCGUGGAUGGAAUGACUUCACUGUCCUCCAUCAAGCGGCGUCUUCUGGCCAUGAUGCCGUUAUCAGGAUUCUACUCACUCGAGGGGCGGAUAUCAAUUGGCGAACGGAAGACGGCCGAACCGCACUCCACGUGGCUACAUCCUCAAAUAACCCAGAGGCUAUGUAUCUCCUUGCAGACCAAGGCGCUGAUUUGGAAUUGAAAAACGAUAAGGGUGAAACAGCUUUGCAUCUGGCUGCUCGUCGCUUAGACCAACGCACAGCAGCGACUUUGCUGGACAAUGGCGCGAAUAUUGAGGCUAGAGACUCCAAGGGACAAACGCCGUUGCUUGUUUGUGCUCGAUGCCCAGGAUCGAAAUCUUGCUCUCUGUUAGAAAUGAUUCGGUUCUUGGUGCACCGAGGAGCCAAUAUCAAUGCUCAAACAACCGUUGGAGAGACACUACUCACGGUAAUGCGACACCACGACAAUUUCGCCUCGUUUCAAAUACAACAGAUCAAGCAAGGUCUUCUUGACUUAGGUAUGAUCGAUGAUGGACAGAAGGAGGAGGAGGAUGAGCCUUAUUUUCCAGCACGUAGAUAG